UUUUCUAGUGUUAUUUUAAAAAAAUAAAUAAAUAGUGGUUAGUAAUUAAAUUGGUUCUAUAAAUGCACAAGAAAACCAUCCUCUAAUAGAGUGCAUGUAUCGGUGGUGAAGGACAGCUCCCUCUUUGAUCUUUGUUUGGCCAAAAGCAGUCUCUUCCUAAGCGUACGUAAACAUGGGGCUGUCUUUCACAAAGCUUUUCAGCCGGCUGUUUGCCAAGAAAGAGAUGCGUAUUCUCAUGGUGGGUCUUGAUGCUGCGGGUAAGACUACCAUUUUAUACAAGCUUAAGCUGGGUGAGAUCGUUACCACUAUUCCUACCAUUGGAUUUAAUGUGGAGACGGUGGAGUAUAAGAACAUUAGCUUUACUGUUUGGGAUGUGGGGGGCCAGGACAAGAUCCGACCUUUGUGGAGACAUUACUUCCAAAACACACAAGGACUUAUCUUUGUUGUUGAUAGCAAUGACCGAGACCGUGUAGUUGAAGCUAGGGAUGAGCUGCACAGAAUGUUAAACGAGGACGAGCUGAGGGAAGCGGUGCUGCUGGUGUUUGCAAAUAAGCAAGAUCUUCCUAAUGCCAUGAACGCUGCUGAGAUAACUGAUAAGCUAGGCCUUCAUUCUCUCCGUCAACGUCACUGGUAUAUUCAGAGCACAUGUGCCACUUCUGGUGAAGGACUGUAUGAGGGACUUGACUGGCUCUCAAACAACAUUGCUAACAAGGCAUAGAUGGCUUGAUUCUUAAUUUUGAGUUGCUACAACUGCUGAGAUCAGGGCCCGCCCAACUUCAUUUGUGGUCUUAGGCGAGAGAAAAAAAAGUGGACCUUUUAAUUUGAUAGUGUGAUCAAUGAUUGAUAUAUGUUAGCGAUAUAUUUUAAUUAAAGUUUAUUAUUGUUUUAUUUGAAUAGUGAUAAUGUUUGGUUUGAAAAAGGUUGUAGUUGACAUUUAUUAUUAAUUUUGUUGUUAUGAAGGAAUGUGCAUAAUUAUUUCUUUGUGGAAAAA